CCCACGCAUCUCUUAUUUCGACCAUAUACCAAUUUGCCCAUAAGGACCCCCUUCUCUCUCCAAAAAAAUUAAAGUUCAACUCUUUUGGGAUUUUAUUGAGAAAGAAAAAUAGCAGCAACCACAAAACUUCCAGCUCCCAACUCACAACCAUAACUUAACAGGAAAUAUUUAUUCGGGUUAUAAACAUCUAGUAUAUGGUCUGCUUGCCAUUUUGAACACUCGACCAUAAUUUCCUUCAACAUGUCUUCCAUUCUACCUCAAAACCAUGCCAUUACAUCCUCACAACGAGUCCUUUCAGGGACAUCUGAUAAAAUUGGAACGAUACAGAAAAGAUACUCACAGCAAUUGAAGACCAAUAUUUCUCGUCAAUUUCCCCUAUUUGCACGAGUCUAUUGUGUCUCUUCCUCCACCACCACCAAAACACCGCCCCUCACAGAGCCAUUAAUCCUUCAGCCACAACCGGCGAAUUAUGAGCCACCCACUCCCAUCAAUAAAACUAGCACUAAUACUGCUACAGCCACCAGUAGCACAAGAAAUGUACUCAAUGACCCAAGUUUGCAAUCCACAUGGGCUCAUCGAGCAUGGAUGGCGAGCGGGUGCACCACCGUGCUAAUUUCUUUAGCCAAGUCUGCAACAGGGGCCAUCGACUCACAAAUGUGGGCCGGACCCAUUGUAGCAGGCUGCAUAGGCUACGUGCUAUCCGACUUAGCUUCUGGCAUCUACCACUGGGGAAUUGACAAUUACGGUAGUGCCAAAACUCCAGUAUUCGGAAGCCAAAUUGACGCAUUCCAGGGCCACCAUAAAUGGCCCUGGACUAUAACCAGGCGUGAAUUCGCUAACAAUCUGCACGCCCUCGCUCGUGCAGUGACUUUCUCUGUACUUCCAAUUGACCUUCUUUGCAAUAAUUCAGUGGUUCUUGGCUUUGUUGGUGUAUUUUCUGGUUGCAUUAUGUUUAGCCAGCAAUUUCAUUCUUGGGCACAUGGCACAAAAAGUAAACUUCCUCCUCUAGUGGUUGCACUACAAGAUGCUGGAAUACUUGUGUCGAGAUCACAACACGCCGCGCACCAUCGUCCACCUUAUAACAACAAUUACUGUAUUGUUAGUGGAGCUUGGAAUGAGUAUUUGGAUAGAUCUAAGGUUUUUGAGUUACUGGAGAUGAUUUUCUUCUUUAAAUUCGGAGUGCGACCGCGGUCCUGGAGUGAACCUGAUUCAGAAUGGACUGAAGAGAAUGAGACACAAUCGCUGCCUGCUUCUAAUUGAAUUCAAUUGUCUCUAUACAAGAAUGUUUUAUUUUUCAUCUACGGUCUAUGUACAAGAAUGGUACAUGAUUAUAUUGUUGUUUUAAAAAUUUAUUGUACAGGCUGUGAUGAGCUACAUCAGUUAAUAUUACAUUUUCAGUUGAAAAUUCAUAAAUAUUUUCGGAGUA